AUGGCCGUCCAGAGCCUAUUAAUCACACCCCUUUUGGUUAUGCUCAUGAGUUUCCACUCCCAUGCAUUCGUUGAAUCUUCUGAGUGGCAAUAUCCACCACAUAACGGAGGAGGAGUUAGAGCUGCAUAUUGGCCUUCAGGUAAUGACCUUUCACCCUCGUCCAUUGAAACCAAAUACUUCACUCACAUCUACUACGCCUUCGUCGAACCCGAACCCGAAUCUUUCAACCUCAAAGUUACCGACUCCGAUAAAAAAUCGAUACCAGAGUUCAUAAACGGACUCCGAAACCGUUACCCACCGGUGAAAACUCUGCUAUCCAUUGGAGGAGGUAGCAGCAAUUCAACAGCGUUCUCUAUCAUGGCCAGCAACAAACGUAACCGAGAAAUCUUCAUAAACUCAACAAUCCACGUGGCACGCGAAUACGGUUUUAAUGGUCUUGACUUGGAUUGGGAGUUCCCAGCAGAUGAAAAAGACAUGUCUAACCUUGCUCUUUUAUACGAAGAAUGGCACAAGGCUUUGGUCGUUGAAUCUCGGAUUCACAAAAAGCCACGUUUGCUUUUGACUUCUGCAGUGUAUUACGCCGCCACGAUAGUGCUUAUUGGUGAUGGGCCUAGAUCAUACCCGGCCCAAGCCAUUCGUGAAUAUUUGGAUUGGGCUAGUCCUAUGUGCUUUGAUUUUCAUGGUGCAUGGGCGAAUUUUACUGGCUUUAAUGCUGCAUUGUAUGAUCCCAAAUCUAAUAUAAGCACUCAUUAUGGUAUCGGAUCUUGGAUCAAAUCGGGUGUUCCGCCCGAAAAGCUGGUUAUGGGUUUGCCGUUGUAUGGUCGGACAUGGGAGCUCCAAGAUCCGAAUGUUCAUGGAGUUGGGGCACGAGCGGUUGGUGCAGCCCCUGAUACGGAUGGUACUUUGGACUAUUAUAAAAUCUUGAAGUUUAACAAAGAGAAGGGUGCCACUGUUGUGUAUGAUGGGUCAGCUGUGUCUUUUUACUCUUAUGCGGGUACAACUUGGAUCGGGUAUGACGAUGGACCCUCCAUAACAAAGAAGGUUCAGUUUGCUCGGUCACUGUGCUUGAAGGGCUAUUUCUUUUGGGCUGUUGGGAAGGACAAGGACUGGACCAUCUCAAGACAAGCUUCAAAUGCUUGGGGACAUUGACGGCCAUACCGAGUUUAUUCAUAUUAUUGUGUAACUUUGCUAAAAUUUUACAGUAUCCUGAAUUUCAUGUAAUUCUCAACCUUUAUACAGAAUCAUCGUCUACGAACUUAUGGUGCUGCCAUAAAACUUGAAUAAUAUUAGUG